GGAAUCACAUCUUCCACUUUCUCUCCGUCGAGGGAGUCUACAACUCCUGCAUGCUCUAACCCUAUCCCUUUCAGGAUAAUGGACAUACUCUUCGCUCAGAUCCAAGCGGAUCUCCGAUCCAACGAUGCUCUUCGUCAAUCAGGAGCACUACUCCAGGCACUCCAACAAUCUGCAGCCGGUCGUGAUAUCUCGGUCAUUGCUAAGUCUGCCGUCGAAGAGAUCGUCGCUUCUCCUGCCUCUGCAGUCUCCAAAAAGCUCGCGUUUGACCUUAUUCGAUCCACUCGCCUCACCACCGAUCUAUGGGAGGUCGUUUGUACUGGGAUUCACAACGAUCUGGAAUUCCCAGACCCUGACGUAACUGCCGCCGCCGUUUCUAUCCUUGCGGCCAUCCCGUCAUAUCGGCUGGGCAAACUCAUUACUGAUAGCAAUAAAGAAAUAUCAAGCUGCUUUGAUUCGAACAGUGAUAAUUUGCGGUUCUCGAUUACUGAAACCCUAGGUUGUAUCCUCGCUCGUGACGAUCUGGUGACGUUGUGUGAGAAUAACAUCAACUUAUUAGACAAGGUUUCGAAUUGGUGGACUAGGAUUGGGCAGAACAUGCUGGACAAAGCUGAUAAUGUUUCAAAGGUGGCAUUUGAAUCGGUUGGGAGGUUGUUUCAGGAGUUCGAAUCGAAGAGGAUGAGUCGGCUGGCUGGGGACAAGCUUGUGGACAGUGAAAAUUCUGUUGCGAUCAGGUCAAAUUGGGUGUCGUCGAUGGUGGAAUUCGUUUGGAGGAGGCGGAACGCUUUAAUGGCAAGGUCAUUAAUUCUUCCGGUGGAGAGUUUUAGGGCCAGUGUGUAUCCGCUUGUUUAUGCAGUUAAAUCUGUUGCUUCGGGCACAUUCGAGGCUUUUCAGAAGCUCUCCAGGUCUUCAAAGAAAACAAAUGGCAGUACCUUGGAUUCAAGCAAAACAGAGAGGUUCGUUGGAGUGUCGGAUGUGGUCACGCAUCUGGCACCUUUUUUGGCAUCUUCUUUAGACCCAGCAUUGAUUUUCGAGGUGGGGAUUAACAUGUUGUAUUUGGCUGAUGUUCCUGGUGGCAAGCCUGAGUGGGCUUCGACAUCGAUUAUAGCAGUUCUCACACUUUGGGACAGACAGGAGUUUUCUUCUGCUAGAGAGAGUAUAGUUAGAGCUGUUGUCACGAAUUUACACCUCCUCGACCUUAGUAUGCAGGUUUCAUUAUUUAAAAGGCUGCUUCUCAUGGUGAGGAACCUGAGGGCAGAGUCAGACCGCAUGCAUGCUUUAGCAUGUAUCUGUCGAACGGCUCUUUGUGUUGAUCUUUUCGCAAAAGAAAGUGUUCGAAGAGGUCAGAAACCUCUUCCUGGAACAGACAUUGCAUCACUUUUUGAGGAUGUCAGGAUCAGAGAUGAUCUCAACACUGUUACAAGCAAAAGUUUAUUUAGAGAAGAAUUGGUGGCCACUUUGGUAGAAAGCUGCUUUCAGCUAUCACUGCCAUUGCCUGAACAAAAAAAUUCAGGUAUGGAGAGUAGAGUGAUUGGAGCAUUGGCAUAUGGAACUGGUUAUGGUGCAUUAAAUUGGACCGAGCCCGCUUUGGAAGUGGUGGAAGUGUGUCGACCUUGUGUAAGAUGGGAUUGUGAGGGUCGGACAUAUGCCGUUGACUGUUACUUGAAGUUGUUGGUCAGGCUUUGCCAUAUCUUUGAUACAAGGGGAGGGGUCAAGAGAGUCAAAGACGGGGCAUCUCAAGAUCAGAUUUUGAAUGAAACACGUUUACAAAAUUUGCAACGGCAACUUGUACAUGAUCUGCUUGAGGUGAAUACUCCUAGAAUUGCUGCCCGUCUUAUUUGGGCAAUUUCAGAACACAUUGAUUUAGAAGGUUUGGAUCCUCUUUUAGCUGAUGACCCAGAUGAUGCACUGAAUAUUAUUAUAUCCAAAAUCCACAAAAUCUUAUUCAAUGCCGACGCAUCUGCGACUGAAACAAAUAAGCUGCAAGAUAUUCAAGCAGUUCUUUUAUGUGCUCAAAGGUUGGGAUCACGGAAUGGUAGGGCGGGGCAGUUGCUCACCAAAGAGCUAGAAGAGUUCAGGGCUGAUCCCUUGACUGAUUCUGUGAACAAACAUCAGGCGCGUAUGAUACUGCAGAGAAUCAAAUAUGUUUCUAGUCAUUCCGACGACAAGUGGGCUGGUGUUAGUGAAGCAAGAGGAGACUACCCGUUCAGUCAUCACAAAUUAACUGUUCAGUUUUAUGAAGCCUCGGCUGCCCAGGACCGAAAGUUGGAAGGGUUGGUUCACAAGGCUAUUCUAGAACUAUGGAGGCCAGAUCCUAGCGAAUUAACUCUAUUAUUGACAAAGAGAGCUGACCCUAGUUCGUUGAAGGUUCCUCCAAGUGCGCAUACAUUAACUGGUAGUAGCGAUCCCUGCUAUGUUGAAGCAUAUCACUUGUCAGAUCCUAGUGAUGGAAGAAUCACACUGCACUUGAAGCUUUUAAAUCUGACUGAAAUGGAACUUAAUCGGGUGGAUAUUCGUGUUGGGUUGUCUGGUGCAUCAUAUUUCAUGGAUGGAUCUCCCCAAGCAGUUCGACAAUUGCGUGAUCUAAAUUCUCAGGUUGUUGGUUCACUAUGAUGAUUCUAUUGAUUAGUGUCGAUAAAUUAUGGGGAAAAAGGAAGAGCAAUAAAGCUGGUGAGGCCCUCUUAAGCAUAGCUUUUUAGGACCAAAUGUGGCAUAUGGAAAAUUGUAAAUGUUCUCACUGCAUGUUUUGUUUGGGAAAAAAAAAUGCAUGUUCACAUUGCUCCAUUGGACAACUGGUUCUGGAACCGAGGUUUCCAGAAAAUAGCAAUGUCCUAAAGAGUUAUAUUUUUAUAUAAAUGCUUCUAAGCAAGGCAUACCAUUUUGUGAACAAUUAAAUACCCCCCAAAAAGUCAUUUCAUCCAGUUAGUAGUAACUAGUAGUCUAGUACAGGAUGAGAGGCCAAUUGUAGCAAAUAAGUAAUAGGCAAGAUUCAAUGAACAUUUUCUUUUCAAAGCAAGAAAAAUGCAAUGCACAAACCUCUAACAUCUGCAUCUAUAUAUUUCAGUACUGAACUCUAAUCUACACCUGGUAUUUGUUAUAAAAAAAUAUUUAAAGAAUUGAUGUGAUAGAAUAAAACCUAUUAAUUACCAUGAGGAUUUCGUUUAAUAAGAAAUCAUUAGGCUUUAUGUUUAAGGUAACCUGUUCAAUGUGCUGUGAUUGAGGACAAAAUUGCUUUUUAGAAGUCGAAGAUCUACAAACAAGAAGGUGAUACUUAUUUGGUUAAUUUUUUAAAUUCUACAUCAAAGUGAUGAGCAGAAAAGAUUCACUAACUAAAAGCUAUUGUCACAACAGUUGCAGAUAACUCGAACCAAGUCCCAUUGUGAACCUAAUCCCGUAACCAACUAAUCUGUCUCUAGAAGACUCCAUCUGGGUAAUCCUACACUACAAAAGAGAACCAUGGUAGAUCAUGAAGAGGCCGAUCCUUGAACUUUCUUCCUUUACAAGCAUGUCAUUAAUCUUGGGAUCAAGUUUUGCCAUUUUUCAUUAAGCAUAAUGUAUAUUGUCGGUAUGCUAGCCUGUAGAACGAGUGAGCAUGUGCGCAUUGGUAGUGACAGUUCAAAUGUUGAAUUUAAUGCCUCUUGUGUGGUAGAUAUGAUUCAGAGGUUAUUUUUGUCUUUUUUAACAUCAAAUAGAGAAUGAGAACGAUGAGUGGAUUAGGGCAAAUAGAAGGGUAGGACUGUCUUUCUCAAAAGAUGGGCUGAAAUGAAUUUUAAAUUCCUUGCUAAACCUCAAAGAAUCUGAAUCCCGCCAUUGGUAGAAUUGAAUUCCGUAGUAAACCCCAAAGAAUGAACCGCACUCAGUAAUGGAAUUUGGUCGAUGGAAUUGACAUCACAAUUCCUUUAGAUUCCGCAACAAACCGGCUCCCCUAAGGAUAUGUAUUACAUUCCAAUGGUUGUACCCUAGACAAUAUAGAUCGGCUAUAGAGAAUUUAGGAAUCAUUUGUUACACCAAGUAGUUGGAAGUUGGGACGUACCUAGUUGCUGAACAUUUGUACAACUCUAGGUGUUUGAGCCUCAUCGGAAGUCGAUGCUUGCAAAAUCUGUAUUCUGGAAUUUCUCUUGGUUGAAUUUAUACUGAAACUACAGUUUACACAUGUGUAGGGUUGUCAAUAUUGAUAAUUCAAAAAAUUUAAUAUGCUCCUGAUCUAGAUAUAAAUACUGAUAAUAAGUUAAUAACGAUCCCGUUUAAACACAGAUGGGUAAGGUUAAACAUUUGUCAUAAGGAGAGUAUUUCUGACAUCCAAAGCACGGAACGCACACACGCGUACAAAUGGCUUUUUGCUUCCAUUACAUCUUUUUUAUGUAAUCUGUUUCAGUACAGUUACACAUUUAUUUGAUGGAAGUAACUACCGGCUUUAUGAGGGCUAGUGAGUCGUUAGUUAGGUUAUCAAAGCCUUAGGUUAGACUAAGGGGUUGUUUGGUUGGUUUU